UAUGUAUAUUGUAAGGUUAACAUUUUAAAUUAUAGAUUUUUUUAUGUGUAAGGGAGUGAUGCAUAAAAUGAAGCAGAUUUUUUACGCGAGACGGAAGUCGAUUCCGGAAAGUCGUAAAGUGCCUUUGAAUACCAUCAUACUGCCACCAUUGACUCCGAUGGCUCAGGAAAACGGUGCUGAGAUUUUAGGGAAGAUUGUGGUAAAUAAGUCGAAAGGGGGUGCAGUGAGUAGCGAGGUGGUGCUCCAGAAGCACCUUAUGGAUCCCGCUACGAACAACGAGGAGGAGCAACAGGAUCCGAAGACGCCAGAGCAAGUGAGACUCGAGCAAAAUAUCAAAUUUCUGCAGGAUCAACAUCAGGCGAUGCUCAACGGUUUACAGGGGGAAAUCGAGAGAUUGAAGACGAAGAAUCGAGAGCUCCAGUUUCAGCUGAUUUUUGGGAAAACUCCCGUCGCCUCGAGUUCUUCUUCUCCGUCUUCGCCUGAAGAUGAAAAGCAUAAGUUGUAUACCAGCCCAAGGGUAUUAAACAACACCACCCCGUUGCAAGUGGAACUACUCGAGAAGGAGCUGGGGGAGCUGAAGAUGCAAAUGACGGAGCAGGAGAGCCGAAACGUGUAUUUGUCUGCCAUCGUUGACGAGCAGAAAAAACAACUGGAACGGUACGACCGUCGACGUGAAAAGGAGCAACAGCAACAGCGCACCCCGGGCGACGCGGAAGCUGAACUGCUGCGCAAACUGGAAGACGCGGAAACGCUGAUUCGGCAACUGCGCCGGGAAAAUUCCGAUCUGCGCAGAGAGAACCAGGAGAUGCAGCAGAACGAGUCGACCGCGCACGGUCAGGAGCGCCGGGGAUACAGGGGAGGCGGCGGCCGGGGACACCGGAGCGGCGGACACAAUAACGGGUAUUAUAAUGGACGGGGGGGCGGCGGUGGAGGCGGGUGGUUUCCGCCGGUUCAUACGCAGAAUUUUUGGCAAGGAGGACGUACGCAACAUCAACACGAACGCCCCCUAGACGGUCCCAACUUGCCGGAAUUGCCGUCCGAUGGGGCGGCAAGUCAGCACUACCAUCAUCAAGGCAACCACGGACGAAAGGGCGGCAACAACAACCACCACUACCACCAGAACGGGGAGGGAAGAAAGUACCGGGGUGGCCACAAGGGCGGCAAACCCUCCUAAUAUUACGUUAUCGGGUGAUGGUAGAUGAUGGUCCGUUUAGUACAGAGCAGGCGGCCGGCCCUUUUUGGGAGACGAUUGGGGCAGGGGGUUUUAGGUUUUUUGAGUGACAUACAUGUGAUAAGGUUAAGUGUGGCCGUCUGUCCUAAAUUAAAAUACUAAGUAAAAGGGCCUGAAGCAGAAAAAUAGAGCUUUAUGUGGGCUUAGUAUGCCUGUAAGCCGAUUUCGGUUUGGUACGGUUUUGGUAAGGUCUGGUUAGUAUAAUUCAAAAAAAAAUCCUUUAGAGGUAGUAUAAUAUUGUAAAGGAUUUUAUCGAAGAAGCCCAUUUUGGAAUGAUUAGUAGGGAACAUUCUUUUCUUAGAAGAAAGUCUUUUCUCCACAAAAUAAAAUGCUAAUAUUGAUUUCAAUAGUUAUGGACACUUAAAGUAUAUUUAUAUUCAAAAUAGUACACCAUUUAAAAAGUCAGUACAAAGGUCUUAUAAUUUCUAUAUAAUUCCUUAGAAAUUUUAGGCGUUCCUUUUCUAAUGAGUUGCUAAGUCACUGCCUGCGUCUUUCGUGAUAUAUUUCAGGCACUUAGGAAUUAUUUUUUUAUUUUCUUUUAAUUUAUAUAAUUUUUUCAAUUGAAAAAGAUAAAACGUCCAUCACUGACAAUCAAAUAUCUUUGUUCCAUCCAUUGAACAACGGAGGAAAUAAUAGGUACUACACUAUGCAUAAUCAGAUAAAUGAAGCUGAGCAAUAAAACAGAGAUUUCUACCAUGUUUACGCUGCAAUAUUGUUAAAGGUUCAAUUUUUUAUCUUCAAAGACAUUCAUUACCGCUUUUUCUCUCUUGUGAUUCAAUAGAGUUUUCUUUAAUGCAAAUAGACACGGCAUAUAUCGCUUGUACGUUCUACUAUGAUGCAUCGAACACUUAGGCAGUAAAGACCAUAUUGCAUUAAUGUAUUACUAUAAACGUUUCUGAGUUUGUAAAUACCUAAUGAUAAUCUUAAAAAGAGUGGACAAAAUUCUGAUUGCAUAUUUUUUGCAUAUUACAUCGCACAAAUAAUAAAUGAGGCACAACAUGUAUUCUGUUUAACCAAUAGUAGCCCAGAUAGCACAAACCUUCCAGUACAUAUCCAUGAAAUGUCCAAAUACAUUACAGACUAUCCGGUAAGCUAUACGGAUUUUCAGUGGAUAUACCAAUUUCGGCAUGACUAAAGAUAUUUAUUAAAAGAUGUUGUAUGUUCCAGGGGUCCUUUAUAUAUAGAUUACAUUUGAUAAAUAAGGAAAAACUAAGUUGGUAGUGGUCAAGAGAUGAAAGCAAUAUAUAAAAUAAUCGUAUAUUAUUCAAAAUUCGGCUUGAUUCAAAAAUGAUAUUUAUCAGGCGCCCAUAUGGUAUCCAAGAGGAUUUAAGGGGUUUUAGCAAUGGUAUCCAAAGUAUAUCCAUCAAUUGAUAGGUUUUUGCUGCUUUUAAAAAAUGUGCGUGCUUUAUAUAUUUAAUUUAAAAUAUGAGAUCUACGUACAAUUUAUUGCUCCCGAGCAAAAACCAUAAUGCUAAAUAUCCGAUAUUGGAAUCCAGCGGGUAUCCACAAAUGGUGUCCAAAAGGAUUUACAUGGGUGUGUCAUUCGUAGUAUCCACUCGAUAUCCAAUGAAUACUUGCUGUCCCUACAUGGAUACCCAUCGGACAGUCCCUUUAUUUAAAAAGUGAUAUCCAAUGGAUGGAUAUUCAUUGGAUAGAUUUGUGCUAUCUGGGAGCCAACACUACUAUCGAUAUAAUACGCGCUAUCGAUCUAUUCGAUAGUAUCGUAAUGAGGACUGAAUACGAGUUAAAUUGUUAUUAAAAAAAUAUAUAAUAGAUACUGAAAUUUGUGUUUUGUUGAUGUCAAAGUCAAAG